AUGGCCAAGGAAUUACAGGUUCUUAAUGCGCUUGAUGUAGCAAAAACACAAUGGUAUCACUUCACUGCAAUUAUUAUUGCUGGAAUGGGAUUCUUCACCGACGCCUAUGACCUCUUCUGCAUAUCCCUUGUCACCAAAUUGCUUGGCCGCAUAUAUUACCGUGUUGAAGGAGCAGAGAAGCCUGGUACUUUGCCUCCCAACGUAUCGGCAGCUGUUAAUGGUGUGGCAUUCUGUGGAACUCUUUCAGGCCAGCUCUUCUUUGGCUGGCUUGGUGACAAGAUGGGAAGGAAGAAAGUGUAUGGCAUGACUCUUAUGCUCAUGGUCAUAUGUUCGAUUGCCUCGGGUCUUUCUUUUGGCGAUGAUCCUAAAGCUGUCAUGUCGACUCUUUGCUUCUUCCGAUUCUGGCUUGGGUUUGGUAUUGGUGGUGACUAUCCACUUUCGGCCACCAUCAUGUCUGAGUAUGCUAACAAGAAGACUCGUGGUGCCUUCAUUGCUGCAGUUUUUGCUAUGCAGGGUUUUGGAAUUAUGGCAGGUGGAAUAUUUGCUAUAAUUAUAUCAUCUGCGUUUAAGGCCAGGUUUGAUGCCCCUCCUUAUGAGGUUAGUGCAAUUGAUUCAACUGUCCCACAAGCUGACUAUGUUUGGCGUAUAAUUCUAAUGGUUGGAGCACUUCCCGCUGCAAUGACCUACUACUGGAGGAUGAAGAUGCCUGAAACUGCCCGUUACACUGCACUUGUCGCCAAGAAUGCGAAACAGGCUGCAUCCGACAUGUCAAAAGUUCUGCAGGUGGAUCUUGAGGCGGAAGAGCAAAAGGUUGAGCAACUGGCCCAGGAAAAAUCCAAUAAAUUUGGCCUCCAAAAUCUUUUCCAAAAGGAUAUAUUUAGCGCAAUCGGAUGGAUUCCUCCAGCUAAGACCAUGAAUGCCAUUGAAGAGGUUUUUAGAAUUGCAAGGGCGCAAACACUUAUCGCUCUAUGCAGUACUGUCCCAGGCUACUGGUUCACAGUGGCUUUUAUUGACAGAAUUGGAAGGUUUGCCAUCCAAUUGAUGGGCUUCUUCUUCAUGACAGUGUUUAUGUUUGCAUUGGCCAUUCCUUACGACCACUGGACCCACAAGGACAACAGAAUUGGAUUCGUGGUUAUGUACUCAUUAACCUUCUUCUUUGCUAACUUCGGACCGAAUGCCACCACAUUUGUUGUACCAGCGGAGAUUUUCCCUGCGAGGUUAAGGUCCACUUGCCACGGCAUAUCAGCAGCUGCUGGGAAGCUCGGAGCAAUUGUGGGUGCGUUCGGGUUCUUAUAUUUGGCUCAGAACCAGGACAAGGCCAAGGCAGAUGCAGGGUACCCUGCAGGCAUUGGUGUGAAGAAUUCACUCAUCGUCUUGGGUGUCGUCAACUUCUUCGGCAUUGUGUUUACUUUCUUGGUUCCUGAAUCAAAUGGAAAGUCUUUGGAGGAGAUGUCCGGUGAGAAUGAGCCUGAUGAAGUGGUUGAGCAAAGUUCACAUAACAGGACAAUUUUUAUGUGUAUUGCUUAUGCUUAUCUUCAAAGUUCAAUCAGUUCUAACCAAAUGGACAUGUCCUUCAUUUUCUUUCGUGCUUUUGAUUUUCUGCCGUGGGAUAGGGUUGACUGUGCUCUUCGAAAGCGAAGUGUGAAUGAAUUCCGAAAUAGGGCCCCCAUUAGUUGGACUUCAAUUUCGAAUUUUGAUGAAGACACUUUGGGUUGA